AACAAUUUUUUCUCCAUCAGAAACAUGGUGAAACUGGGGAUGAAACUGUCACUGGGUUCCAAAGAUCUCAAAUUCUCACUCUCCAUCACCAAAAACCAUCACUAAACUUGCACAAAUCUCAUUUUCCAUCAUCACAAAAUUCGAGAAUCCAUUCUUGAAUUCCCAAAACAUCUCAACCCUUUUAAUCUUUUCAACAAAUUCCCAUUUUUGUCUUCCAAAAAAUGUCAUCAUUAGUCCCUAAUAAACAACCUUCACGUGGUUUCUCAUUCUUUAACAUCACCGGUACAGCCAGUGUUAAAAGAUCCAAUGUAACGGAUCUAGAACAACCCCAAGUGAAGCUUGAACCAGAUAAACAAGUGUAUAGACCGGGUGAUCCGGUAACCAUUACUGUUGAAAUCAAGAACCCAACUAAAUCUUGUUCUUUGCUCAUUGAAAAACUUAGUUUUGAGAUAAAAGGGAUUGAGAAAUUGGAUACUCAAUGGUUCUCUACUCCUAAACCUUCACCUGAUUCUAAGCAACGAAGAGGUGAGUAUGUUUUUAUGGAUAACUUGACUCCUGCGUUAAUAUCAAAUCAGAUUGUCUCCGCCGGUAGCUCCAGAACAUUUAUGGUGCGAACAAUUCUACCAAGCACCAUACCACCAUCAUACAGGGGUGCAACUAUUCGUUACCUUUACUAUGUUAGAAGUAUUUUAUCUGGACAAUACUUGAUAAUGGAAAAUGGUCACUUCCGCGAAGAGUCUAUACGAGAUCUUGCGGAGCUGGAAACGAGAGUACCACUUCAAUUAUGGGUAACUCAGAAGAGUAAUGGCCUGCAAAGUGAAGAAGGUCGCAGUAGUGGGAUUGUUCCUGCUUCAACUCUGCCUUUGGAUGUUUACUGGAAAGAGAUGGAUGCAGAUUCUGACUGGGCUAAAAUAAAUGAAACUUUUGAUGGUGUGGAGGAAGGAUAUGAGAGUUCAAGGGAUGAAGUUUCAUCGGUUUCCUCCUAUAAUCCCAUGAAAGAUAAUUUACACCGAACAUUUGGAAGUUCAUUAUCCUUGCGGUCUUCCUUGGCAAGGUCUUCAAGCAAAGAUCUUCCAUAUCUUGAAGGACGGUCAAGCAUAUCUUCACAAAUGGCACUUCCACAGAUAGCUGUAGCUGAUAUCUUGUAUGAUUCUAAUGGGGCAGAUGGUUUGUCCCCAAGUCAACAGCUGAAAAGUACGAAGUCCUCUUCCAAAUAUGAUGAUUCGACAGCACCUUCUGUCUCAGGCAUGGGUGAAUCUGGAGCAUCAGAAGGGUUUAUUCGAGGGAGAUCUUACAAUAUCAGACUGGAUGACCAAGUGCUUCUAAGAUUUUCUCCGAAAAAUUCCGAGUCGACGUAUUACUUCAGUGAUAUGAUAGGUGGAACCCUGACCUUUUUUCAUGAAGAGGGUUCUAGAAGAUGCCUUGAGCUUUCAAUAACACUGGAGAUGACCGAGACUAUAAGCCGACGCUUUGUACAUCCUUCAAGGAGACAUGCUCCUUCUAUUACUAAGGUUCACAGUGAUCAUCACGAGGUGGUUGCUGAUUUAAUUCAGACAAGCUUCCUUUUUUCUAUUCCGAUGGACGGACCUAUGUCUUUUUCCACCCAUUAUGUCUCCGUACAAUGGGCUCUUCGAUUUGAAUUCUUUACCACUCCCAAGAAUGUUGACUGGUCAAGAUAUGAGCAUCCUCUUUUGGUAGAGGGUAGAGAGAAAUGUGAGUGGGUACUUCCAAUAACUGUGCAUGCACCUCCAGGAGGAGCUGCUGCAGCUCAGACAAGAAAUGACAGGUCAUUCUCUUUGGAACCCCUAUGGGUCCAUACAUAAAGGGAGAUGGGGAUAUCGACGACGAUGUUUCACAUCGUAUUGGUGCGGGGGAUGAAAUGGAGGCUCGCCUGCGGAGUGUUGUGUGAUAAGAAAGUGCCACCAAAACUUAAAGGCAAGUUCUACAAAGUGGUGGUUAGACCGACCCUAUUGUACGGGGCGGAGUGUUGGCCAGUCAAAAAAUUUCACGUCCAGAAGAUGAAAGUCGCGGAAAUGCGAAUGCUGCGGUGGAUGUGUGGGCACACUAGGAGGGAUAGAAUUAGGAAUGAAGAUAUCCGAGACAAGGUGGGAGUGGCAUCGGUGGAAGACAAGAUGCGGGAAGCGAGACUGAGAUGGUUUGGGCAUGUGAAGAGGAGAGACACAGAUGCCCCAGUGCGGACGUGUGAGAGGUUGGCUAUGGACGGUUUCAGGAGAGGCAAAGGGAGGCCAAAGAAGUAUUAGGGAGAGGUGAUUAGACAGGAUAUGGCACAGUUUCAGCUCACCGAGGACAUGACCUUAGAUAGGAGGUUGUGGAGAACUCAGAUUAGGAUAGAAGGCUAGGUGGCCAAUCCUUUCACCUUACUAGUUGUAGUUUUGCUCAUUUGAUUUUUGCAUUUGAUUGCUGCUUAUAUUUGUUGGGCCGUUGUACUUUGGUGGCCUUAGUUAUCUAUAGUAGUAAUGCUCCUUUCUUUCGGACUGUUCUAACAUGACUUUCUCUCUUUUGUUAUUCCUUGAUUUCAUAUUGGUUUUCGAUAUGCUUGAUCCUAUCUAACCUUUUGUCUUGUUUUUCCUUUCUUGUUCUCCUCUCUUGAGCCGAGGGUCUUUCGGAAACAGCCGCCCUACCUUUCAAGGUGGGGGUUAGGUCUGCGUACACUCUACCCUCUCCAGACCCCACAUGGUGGGAUUAUACUGGGCUUGUUGUUGUUGUAUAUAGGCCAGUGCAUUUGAAUCAAGUGAGAAAUACACGAUAUGAAUAAGUUCUCUCCAUUUUCUCCCGUCUCUCCUCCAAUAUUAACAAUUUAACAUAUCUCAUACUAGGUUAGAGGGGGCUAAUGUUAGACUACAGUUGAACUAAUGAAGAAUGCAUUGUUUUGGCUGAUCUCAUUAGAGAAAGGGACGUUAUAUUAUAUCUGGAGAUGUGGGAUUCACUUGAUUAACUUUAGCCAUAUUUUGGGUCAUAUCUUCUAAA